AUGAACUGCCUCAUCGACAUUCUUUUCACAUUCACCCUAAUAGCCAUCAACGCCAUCCUUUACUACCGCCACACCGCGAAAAAACGUGCAGCCAUCCACAAAUUCGCAUCUGCUACACCCUCAACAAUCACAUACACCAGCGUAAACCAGCACAUACUAUCGUACGACACAGGCGCACUUGCACUUAUUCUCAACUUUAAGAAGGAGUUUGAUAUUUUUCAUUACUGCAUGUCGUUCACCGACGCAUACUUCAUCUUCACGGGGCACGUUGGCAUUGAGUGGAUGAACUGCUACCUGGGUGUGCGCAAGAAGGGCAGUGUGCACGCGCUGAGAUAUUUGGAGAGGUGCAAGAGUGAGACGGGUUAUUAUGGCACGUAUAACAAGGAUGUGCUGAUGUUGUAUAGGAAGCAUAGGUUGGAUAGGUUUUAUAUCACCUUUAUACCGCGAUCGAUCGAAGAUACAAAUUUUGAGGGGAUGAUUUACGCCGAGGGCAAAAUCAGCAACGCGUGCCCAGGAUUUGUAGAUGAUGUUAUGGCGUUGAUAGAACGGCUCAAGAAGAUAGAGCCGUCUGAUAGGCUUAAGGAGAGUAACAACGCGAUAAAAAAACGAAUUAUGUAUGAGGCGAGUAGAAGAAGAGAGGAGAGCAACAAGAAAACCGUGGAGGAGAAGGAUGUAAAGAGAAGAGAAAGAGAAAAUUUAGGAUUUGAAAAGAAGACAGAUGAGUACAAGGUAAGGACCAGGUAUUUGCACAAGAAAUAAAGUAUGCUUGUCAUUUUAGCAGUGUGUUUUGUUUGUCGUGUGAUCGUGGUGGUAGGUACAUUUGUUGUACGUGGUAUGUUCCGUUCUGCCAUCGAUACUCCGGUGUUACAUGCUGCUGCACAGAUGAACAUAUCGUAUGAUCGUAACAACACCUCGUAAUGUUGCUAUUAAUAUCUUUGGGAACAGCAA